CUAGAUCUAGUGAUCUGGUCUUUUCAGUGUCUCAUGUCUUUCGACUCGUCAUAUCUUGUAAGAGUUCAUAUCACACAUGAAAAAGUUGCAGCAUGCCCGCGACACAAAAACCAACCAUUCACAAAAAGGUCAGAUUCUUGCGAUAGCCUGAGAAUCUUAUACCACUAUUCAUGUGUAAUCACCAGAGACUUAUGCGAUAACACUGAUUUUUGUAAACAUAUCUGUCUUAUCCGGCCGACUUGGCCAGUAGAUUGUUUUUAG